AUGGCUGGAGUGGCUCAAAGGACGGCUAGUGGAGUGGAGCGGCUCAUGGUGAAGGCUGCAGCAGAAGCCCAUGGAGAGGCGGUGCAGUCGGCCUUGGACCAUGGCACAACACCCCAGGCUUCGGUCCCGGCGGGCACAGACACCCACGCCGGAUCCCGGCAGGGCCACAGCCACCAGGCCUCGGUCCGGCGGGCACAGACACCCCAGGCUCGGAUCCGGGAGAGCACAGACACCCCAAGGCUCGGAUCCCGGGGAGAGCACAGACACCCCCAGGCUCGGUCCCGGCGGGGCACAGACACCCACGCUCGGUAUCCGGAGAGGCACAGACACCCCAGGCUCGGUCCCGGCGGCACAGACACCCACGCUCGAUCCCGGCAGGCACAGCACCCAGGCUCGGAUCCCGGCGGGCACGGAGACCCCCAGGCUCGGAUCCCGGGAGAGGCACAGACACCCCAGGCUCGGUUCUCGGCGGCACAGACCCCAGGCUCGGUUCCGGCGGGCACGGAACCCCCAGGCUCGGAUCCCGGGGAGAGGCACAGACACCCCAGCCGGAUCCGAGGCACAGCCACCCCAGGCUCGGAUCCCGGCGGGCACGGAGACCCCCAGGCUCGAUCCCGGGAGAGACCAGAACCCGGCUCGGAUACCCGGCAGGGCAGCAGCCACCCCAGCUCGGAUCCCGGCGGGCACAGACACCCCAGGCUCGGAUCCCGGGAGAAGCAGCACAGACCCCAGGCCGGAUCCCGACAGGCGCACACCACCCAGGCUCGGUCCCGGCGGGGCACAGACACCCAGGCUCGAUCCGGGGAAGGCACAGACACCCCAGGCUCGAAUCCCGGCGGCACGGAGGACCCCCAGGCUCGGAUCCGGGAGGGCAGCACAGACAGCCCGCAGAGCUCGGGAUCCCGGCAGGGCACAGCCACCCCAGGCUGGUCCCGGCGGGGCACAGACACCCCAGCUUCGGAUCGCGGGCAUCGUCCCCAGGCCCCCCCCCUCGGUUCCCCGCGGCGGGGCACAGCACCCCACGCUCGGAUCCCGGCAGCGACGUCCACCGCGAAUGCCCGCGCUGGGCCCGGCGCACCUCCCGCGGGUGCAUCGGAGCGACUGCCGCGCGUCGGAAUGCCGCGUGCGCGAGUGAGGCCUAGCGCCCAUUCAUCACCGGCGCGAUCCUGCUCCAUAGCGCCCUUAGCCCACGCUGCAGCCCCGGGCCAUGCCGCCUGCCCCGCUGCGGCCACUCGCGGCCCCGCCCGCCCCAGGCGGCAGACGCGCGGCGCGCUCAUCGCGCAGGCUGGCGGCGUCCGGUCGCCUGCCAGUCGCGGCGCAGCUUCCCGGCGUGAGUCCUGCCGGGCUGCUCGUUACUUCUGUGGUUCUUUAAUUCUAUCAAUCUCAGCUGAUGCUCACUUUCCAAUUUCAAAGUGUUCCCCCACGUCCAGUAUCUUGGCCAGUUUCCACGGGGUUGUAGAAACUCUCAGGCAGCCUCUACUGCAGAAUGUCCCUCACCUCUGCCUUUCAGAAUGGAAUCCAUAUCUUAGAUUGUCCUGUGUUCUUCCUCAGGGGGAACUGGUAAGAAAGCUGAAAGAAGAGAAGGCUCCCCAGAUGGAUGUAGACAGAGCUGUAGCAGAGCUCAAGGCUCGGAAGAGGAUCCUAGAAGCCAAGGAGCUGGCUUUACAGCCCAAGGAUGACAUUGUGGACAGAAUGAAAAUGGAGGACACUCUGAAGCGGAGGUUUUUCUAUGAUCAAGCUUUUGCUAUUUAUGGAGGUGUUAGUGGCCUGUAUGACUUUGGGCCUGUUGGAUGUGCUUUGAAGAACAACAUUAUCCAAGCUUGGAGGCUGCACUUUAUACAGGAGGAUCAGAUUCUGGAGAUAGACUGCACUAUGCUCACCCCAGAGCCAAUUCUGAAGACCUCUGGCCAUGUAGAAAAAUUUGCUGACUUCAUGGUGAAAGAUGUGAAAAAUGGGGAGUGUUUUCGUGCUGAUCAUCUCUUAAAAGCUCACUUGCAGAAGCUGAUGUCUGACAAGAAAUGUACAGCUGAGAAAAAGACAGAAAUGGAAAACGUUUUAACACAGCUGGACAACUACAGUCAGCAAGAGCUCGCGGAUCUCUUUGUGAAUUACAAUGUGAAGUCUCCUGUCACAGGGAAUGACCUGUCCCCUCCUGUGUCUUUCAAUCUGAUGUUCAAGACCUCCAUUGGGCCUGGAGGAAACAUGCCGGGCUAUCUGAGGCCAGAAACUGCACAGGGAAUUUUCCUCAACUUCAAACGCCUUUUGGAAUUUAAUCAAGGCAAACUGCCUUUCGCUGCUGCCCAGAUUGGAAAUUCCUUCAGGAACGAGAUCUCACCCCGUUCUGGCCUCAUCCGAGUCAGAGAAUUCACCAUGGCAGAAAUUGAGCACUUUGUGGAUCCCAGUGAGAAGUAUCACCCCAAGUUCCAGAGUGUGGCAGAUCUCCACAUCCUCCUGUACUCCUCCAAAGCCCAGGUCAGUGGGCAGUCCGCCCACAUGAUGCGUCUGGGAGAUGCUGUUGAGCAGGGUGUGAUCAAUAACUCUGUAUUAGGUUACUUCAUUGGCAGAAUCUACCUCUACCUUAUAAAGGUUGGUGUAUCCCCGGAUAAGCUGCGCUUCCGACAGCACAUGGAGAACGAGAUGGCUCAUUAUGCCUGUGACUGCUGGGAUGCAGAGUCCAAAACAUCCUAUGGUUGGAUUGAGAUUGUUGGUUGUGCUGAUCGCGCCUGUUACGACCUCUCCUGCCACGCCAGAGCCACCAAAGUUCCUCUUGUAGCUGAGAAGCCUCUGAAAGAACCCAAAACAGCCAGCGUUGUUCAGUUUGAGGCAAAUAAGGGAGCCAUUGGCAAGGCCUACAAGAAGGAUGCGAAGCUGGUGCUGGAAUACCUUUCCAUCUGCGAUGAGUGUUACAUCAGCGAGAUGGAGAAGCUGCUGAAUGAGAAAGGGGAAUUCACUGUUGAAACUGAAGGGAAAACUUUUCAAUUAACAAAGGACAUGGUCAGUGUGAAGAGAUUCCAGAAAACACUGCAUGUGGAAGAAAUAGUUCCGAAUGUGAUUGAGCCCUCAUUCGGCAUUGGAAGGAUCAUGUAUACAGUGUUUGAACACACAUUCCGUGUCCGGGAGGGAGAUGAACAACGAACGUUCUUCAGCUUCCCUGCUGUUGUAGCACCCUUCAAAUGCUCUGUCCUUCCUCUGAGCCAGAAUCAGGAAUUCAUGCCGUUCGUCAAGGAGCUAUCUGAGGCGCUCACCAGGAACGGCGUCUCCCACAAAGUGGACGACUCCUCCGGAUCCAUUGGCCGGCGCUACGCCAGGACCGACGAGAUUGGCGUGGCUUUCGGCAUCACGAUAGACUUUGACACAGUGAACAAGGUGCCUCACACAGCCACUCUAAGGGACCGUGACUCCAUGCGUCAGAUACGAGCCGAGGUCUCUGAACUUCCUACCAUAAUCCGUGACCUGGCAAAUGGCUGCCUAACUUGGGCUGACGUGGAGGUAAAGUAUCCACUCUUUGAGGGACAAGAGACUGGCAAAAAAGAGACAAUAGAGGAAGACAAUUACCUGAAAUAAGCCCCAGAUGAUGUCCACUUUUUACUGUUCAUAUUAAUAUGAAAUAAACUAUCGUGUAUUAUUCAAAGCUGCAUUGUUUGUGCACCCAGGGACUAUGUUUUUUCCUCAAUUGCUGCCUGAUUUUAACUUUAAACUGAAAUAAUGGCAAUUAAUGGUGUUAUGAAUAAAAAAGCCAUUGCAUUUGCUUG